GGGUCCCUGCUCAGUGCGCCCAACUUGAAGCUGAGUUUUAAUCCUAAAUCCUUAGAGCAUACCUUCAAUCACAACUGAAGUGAGCUACAGGCAAAAUGGAAGCAUCUCCACAUUCCCUGACCUCCUAUACCCUGGGUCCCCUUGACCAGAAGUUCAGUUGGGAGCAGCUUUCAGAGCUGGAAGCAUACUUCAAGAUGGAACCAUACCCAGACCUCCAGGCUCGAAAGAUCAUGGCCACCAGACUGAAACUGAAAGAGGAACAAGUUGAGGCUUGGUUCAUCCAGAGAUCCUUGGAGGAGGAGAUGCGGCCCCCCUUGGCCAGGCUGCAGCAAUCUGCCCGGGAUGAUACCUCUUCUCCUUCCCACAAAGCCCUCUGCUGCAGGCCACCAAGCUGGAAGUACAGGCUCAUUCCCAUCAAUCCUCCUGAGUCCUCAACCAGUUGCUUAAUAUAGCAAGAUUAUUUUAAUUU